AUGUCCAGUCCACUCGAAAAGAAGGAUUUAUAUGGAGGAGCUAUCACUGUCAAACUUCCUUUAAACCUUUUGGACGCCUCAGAUUUAAGACAAGUCCCAGAUGCUCAGGAAGUCUUUCUUGAGCACGAUUCAGAUGUCAGCUACAUAUUUGAGAUUCUAGAUCGUGUCGAGCCAGAAGAUCCAAACGAUGCAGCGAGGUUUCACUUUGAAUCUCUUGCUCAAGACAACUCUGCAGAAUCAUCAAAUGUUAUCGAAGUCAUCGUCCCAGAUGGCUUCAGUGAGGCUCCAAUUUCAAACCCCCCACCUAUUCUGCUUCAGGGGACACAACAGGUUGCGAAAUAUAACAAGACCGACUUGGACACGGUAGAGAUUCUGAUGGCAUUAUAUCGCGUGGUCGAGAAACCACACGAUAUCAUCUUUGUGGUUAACUUGCCCAAGACAGCUACGACGUCGGAGGAGAGACGUCAGCAAGUGCAAGGGUCCUUUACAGAGAUGGCAAAAUCUCUCAGUAUUGUCGACUUUGGUCUCUUCGGCUAG